AGGAAACCACAAUCCGAGCAUGCGCAGUGGAUGAGCUGCUACGACGGUCCGGUUGUGGAGUUAAAAGCAUAACUCUGAGCAGUUUUUUUGUUUUUGUGUUUGCUCUCCGGUAAACCGGGAUGGCGGGCACCGCGCUGAAGAGACUCAUGGCGGAGUAUAAACAGCUGACCCUGAACCCACCUGAAGGGAUCGUUGCAGGUCCAGCCAAUGAGGAGAACUUCUUUGAGUGGGAGGCUCUCAUCAUGGGUCCUCAGGACACGUGUUUUGAAGGAGGGGUGUUUCCUGCCGUCCUCAGCUUCCCCUCAGAUUACCCGCUCAGUCCUCCAAAGAUGAGGUUCACCUGCGACAUGUUUCACCCCAACAUCUAUCCUGACGGCCGGGUGUGUAUCUCCAUACUCCACGCUCCUGGUGACGACCCGAUGGGUUAUGAGAGCAGUGCAGAGCGGUGGAGUCCCGUUCAGAGUGUGGAGAAGAUCCUACUGUCCGUGGUCAGCAUGCUCGCAGAGCCGAACGAUGAAAGCGGAGCAAACGUUGACGCAUCUAAAAUGUGGCGUGAGGACAGAGAGCAGUUCUACAAACUCGCUCAGAAGAUCGUCAGGAAGUCGCUGGGCCUCUAAGGAUGAUGUCAUCAGGCGGCAACGAGCCCAGCACUCAGUGCGUGUGUGUGUGUGUAUGUGUUAAUGUCUCCUCCUUCGCCGUCUUUUUACACACAGCAAACAUCGACGAACACCUGGAGACUGAAUGAAGAUGUGAGCGUCUUCCCCAUCACCAUGGAAACCAGUGAAACACACACACACACACACACACACACACACACACACACACACAGUGCUGUGGAGACGGACUGAUCAAUAAACGAAUGGAUGGUUGACGGGAGCCAAUCAGACAUUUGGAUAAAAGACAACAAGAUUUUAGAAAACUUCAAAUUUAGAAAAUGUCAACAGAAGACGAAAUCAGUGACAUCAUCAUCGCCACACCAACAGCAGCAGCAUCAUCACUCUGCAGGUCGCUGUGUCAGCCAAUCAAACGCCCCCACCCUCACAGAACCGCUUCAUGAAAAAAAAAUCUAAUGAAUCAAUAAAAUAUUUUCAACGACUGAUGAUGAAUAAACAGUAGGUGGAGUCAGG